AUGGGGCUUUCCCCUCAAGCAAUGGCCUUUAAGAGAUUCUGUGUAGGGGAAUCCCAACCGUUUCAUGACUUAAAUAGUAAUGAGUAUAGAUGUCAUCACUUUCACUUCUGUUCAGUUCUCGUUCUGAAAACAGCCAAGAUCAACCACUUCUACAACAUGCUCAUGGCUUCAACACACUGCUACCGUUUUGCCUUCCUAGUUUGGCAUGUGAUUCAUGGAGUUGUUGGUGCCACACUACAGAUAGUGGCAGAAUGCAAUAAAGAUGUGACGCUCCCUUGUAAGGUUUUUGAGGAUCUACAAGUCAAAACGGGGGUAAAUGUCUCCUGGUAUAAGAUUGGUGAAAACAGCAAAGAACUGAAAGCGCAUGAUUAUUCAAGAGAACCUAAUGAAUCCUUGGAGACUUCUAAUGACACCUGGCAUUCGCUGAUGCUAAGAAAUACUACAAGUUACAGCAGUGGGACCUAUAAGUGCCUCUUAAAGACACCAAUUAAAAAAUACAACCAAAGCAGUACAGUUACAUUAAAAGUAAUAGACUGUCCCGAGGAAUCACAAGAUGCAAAAGAUAAAAACUACAGAACAGAACUUCUGUUGCUGUGCUCUCUUGGGUUUUUUUACUUGCUUCUCAUCUUCUUUGCUUGUACAUGCUUAAAAGGAAAAAGCUCUACAGAUUAUCAUAAAUCCAGAAUAAAACACACAGACAACAGACUUUGCCACAUUAAUACCUGCUAAAAGCCUGGUUUCUACUGGCCAAGGAUCAACAUAACCAAAGUUCUACCAAGCUGACUUCUGCUGAAUCACUAGAGGCUCAUCAGUAAUAAUAACAUCAUCAAGAUGGAUGCAUAGACUAUUAAUGCACAUUUUCCCUUGGAGUAACUUGGAAGCCGCUAUAAUUUAUCAGCUACUUACCUUAGCAGGGAACUAUUUCAGAGAACAUAGUUUCAUUCACUGCAGUAUGAACUUACAUCAACAACAGUGCAAUUUCCAUUCAAGGUUACUACCCUACUGUCGCCAGAUUGACUUGUUUAUGUAUCCUCAUCUCUUCCUUCUGACUAGCAGUUGUCCUUAAUAUGCAAAACUGCUGCAGAGUGGGUUUGGCCCUUGAACUUGGCAAAUAAAUAAUUGAUUGAGCCAACUCUUUCAAUAAGCAUACAUAAUGGCUUCUGUGGUACAUUUUUUCUGACAGUAAUGCUUCUUCAAAUGAUUGAUCAGUCAAUGAACGGGUGGAAAGAUUACUGAAGCCUCAGUCUCAAGUGUAUAGCAUGACAACCUGUGUUUAUUUCUGUAUGCCUCUGAGACUGUCAAGUAUGCCCUUUAUUUGCUCAAACUGUAGCAUGCAUAGACAUGAUUUUGCAGAAGAAUAUUUAAAGAGAAG